AGUGCGGAGACGGGGCUUCAACUUUAUUAGGGUUUCUGCAGAGACUUCCAUUUUCAGUAUCUGAUCGUACCAGAAAAUGAUGCAAUUUCUGCGCAUUUGCAUCCCAUAAUGCUUGAAUCGAUAAAUUUACCGGAAAAUUCUGUAUGUGUUCAACAUCUUCAGGACAUGGACUUCUCUUUCAACUCUAGCUCUAAUGCUUGAAAGUACUAGAAGUUGUGAUGCAAUGCUGCAAAUGUUUGUUGUGGCAUAUAAUUGAUUAUGUACGACUUUCUGUUGUAAAACUCAAUGGUGAGAAAAGGCUAGCAUAACUAUGGAAUGUUAUCUGGCUGUUAGUUGUCUCAAGGGUUUCUUGUGCCAACAAUUGUUUUUAUUUAUUAUCUGGCUAUCAAGUUUCCAAGAUGUAGCAGCAUUGCAGACAUUGCUUGACGAGAGUCAUGUACCUUCCACUUCUGAGCGAGCUAAUCCACCUAUUACUGGACUAUUUGAUCCCAUAGAAAUAUCACCAGCUGUCAUUCCACAGAAUCCAUAUCCUGGCGAGUCAGUGCCACCCCUGUACCCAACUUUCCCCCCACCAUAUGAGCCAAAUUUAACUGGAAGGUGUCCUGUAAAUUUUUCUGCUUUGUCAAGUAUAAUGGAAAAAACAGCGUCUGAUUGUUCUGUACCUUUGGCAGUGCUUGUUGGUAAUGUAAUAUGUUGUCCCCAGCUGGGUAGUUUACUCCACAUCUUCCAGGGUUACUACAACAGCAAAUCUGAUAAUUUGGUCCUUCAAACUGCGGUUGCUAAUGAUUGUUUUUCGGAUAUCAUUAGUAUCUUAGCUAGUAAAGGAGCCAACAGGACAUUACCCAUGCUUUGUUCUGUAAAACCAUCAAAUUUGACUGGUGGCUCUUGUCCUGUGAAGGAUAUUAGUCGCUUUGAGAAAAUGGUAAAUACAAGCAAAUUGCUGGAAGCGUGCAGUGCUGUUGAUCAGCUAAAGGAGUGCUGCAGGCCAGUUUGCCAACCUUCAAUUAUGGAGGCUGCUCUGCUUAUAUCUGGAGCACAAAUGACAAUGAGUGAGAACAGAAAUGUAAUUGGGCAGCCUGCACAUGUUGAUUCCAUUAAUGAUUGCAAGGGUGUGGUGUAUUCAUAUCUUUCAAAGAAACUCCCAGAAGAGGAUGCAAAUAAUGCAUUCCGAAUAUUAUCUUCUUGCAAAGUUAACAAGGUCUGCCCUUUAGAAUUCAAGCAGCCUUCAGAAGUAAUUAAAGCAUGCCGUAAUAUAGGUGCUCCAAGUCCUUCCUGCUGUAGCUCAUUAAACACUUAUAUUGGGGGGAUACAAAAGCAGAUGUUAAUUACAAACAAGCAAGCAAUUAUCUGUGCAAUGGAAUUUGGGUCUAUAUUACGAAAAGGUGGAGUCAUGACAAAUGUUUAUGAGCUUUGUGAUGUUGACUUGAAAGAUUUUAGCAUUCAAGAAGCAUACGGACAGCAAGGGUGUCUACUACGAAGUUUGCCUGCAGAUGUGAUACUUGACAAUUCAACAGGCUACAGCUUUACAUGUGACUUAACUGACAACAUUGCAGCUCCAUGGCCUUCAUCAUCCUCAAUGUCAUCCUUAACUUUAUGUGCUCCAGAGAUGUCAUUGCCUGCAUUACCAUCAUCUGAGAAACAGAGAAGUAUUGGUAUGUAGCGUUCUUUGCUAUUCCUAUCUAAUUUCUCUCCCUGCUUUUGCUUCACUGCCUUCUCUCUAAUUUUUCUACGAAGUUUAGCGUAGUAAUAUAUUUCAUUCAAUUCUGAACUUGAAGUUUAGCAGAUCCAGGAUUAUAUAUAUAUAUAUAUAUAUAUAUAUUUUAAGUAUGUGAAUUAGAGGGCCAUGCCUUGCUAAAAGGGUAAAUAAGAAAUUAGAAGAAAUAGACAUUUAUAUAUCUUCAUUUAUAACCAAACAGCAACAUAGAAAAGAAACAUUUAUAUAUUUUCAUUUAUAUCCAAAAGAGGGAGCCUGUUGAUAUUCUAGACAUCAAAUAGGUCAUUAUUAUUUGAUAGCUGAUUCAACAAAAAUUUGUUUACAAAUAGAAUUCAGAUCUGGUUUCUUUUUGGUACAUGUUUUAUGUGUUUCACAUAGGUGUUGAUGAUCCAUUGCUGUUUUUCUUAUGAAGGCUGUUGAUCUUGAAAUCAAAAUUCUAUGUAUUUGAUGCAGGUUGUCACGUUUGUGCAUUGGAAGUCUUUGUACUCAUUUUUUCAUUUUUUUGUUUUCAGUACAUUGUACUGAAGUGAGUUGUUGUAGUUUAAGAGUUGAGCUGGGUUUGAAGGUGGAGGGGGCUCUUUUCUUUUUCUUUUUUGAAGAAAAGGAGUAGACAGGGCUUUUUGGUGAUUGAGUGUGAAGAAUGUACCAAUCCAUCAUGUAUAGUUGUAAUUUGUUUUUCCUUUUGCCAAUCCAUCAUUUUGUAUUGCCUUUUCCCUUCAGUUUCCCUUCCUCACCAGUACUAGCAAUCUUGAAAACUAAU